CCAAGGAUCCGAGUCCUGGUUUCUGCAACGGAGAUGAUAUCACAGCGGGCCUUGCGGUUGUCACUGAUAUGAUCAUCGAACUUGACGCCGAGGUUGACAUUAGCAGCGCCUUUCAUAUGAGGUUUGACAAGGGCGGGGGUACUGAACUCUCGUCGCCAUGUCCAGCCGCAACUUUUCGAACUUCAACUUCUACCGUGGGAAGUUUCAGUUCCUGCCAGUCACCUUGUCUUCUCCAACAGCCACUCUCAAGACCGUCAAGUCAAGAGUCCCGCUAAAGGCUAGACUGGAGCUCAAGCAGGUGACGAAGCAACUCCGAAAGAUAAAAAUGAGGACUACGAGCCGCCGUUUGGGGCUGAAGUGGUUGCUAAAGGAAUUAUUAUCCACGUGGCCGAGUUCUCAAUAUCCGCUACAGGACCCACGGCUACUCGGUGAAACGAUGUGGAAUCGGCCGGUGUUGUGCGCCCUGACAGUUCGUCAUUACACGAACUUGCAGUCCGCAGAGACGGGGAUGAGAAAGAAGACGAAGAGUGCAAGCUCAUGGACCAUAGAAGCCCUAGACAACACCUGGGGUCUUCGUCCUAAUUCUUCUAUCCCAGUUUUCCAUACCAAAAUAGGCGGCUUCUACGCCAUCCACACCACGCCCACGACGACAAUCACGGCCACAAUCACGGUGGGCUUGGAGGGACGUGAAUCUCCCAGACUCUGCCGAGGUUCAUUAUCGCCAAUAGCCAGCAGAUCGUACAGACAGCUUGAGUGGGGCUGGGAAGGUGUACGGUGA